CCCGUACACUCCACACCGUGUCCUGGGACACCCCAGUCAGUCGCAUGGCUUCCCUGGGCCCCAGAUCCUGGCCCUCUUUGUUGAUCCCAGCCCCUACUCUGCUGCUGCUGCUGGUGGUGCUGUUUCUGCUGCCCCUAGUGUCUGCUCAUCCCCAGGGCCUGUCCGGAUUGCAGGGGGAGCCCUCCUUGGGAGAAAGUUCAUCUGGGGAGGAUGAUCUGGGCGUGGAGGAUCUGCCCAGUGAAAAGGAUGCACCUGGAGAGGCUCCACCUGAAGUUAAUGCUGAAGCUGAAAAGGAGGAUUCCCCGAAGUUAGAGGAUCUACCUACUGUUGAGUCUCCUGAGGACAGUCAUGGCUCUCACGAGGACGGAAAAGGGGGUGGCCACGGUCUUUGGAGCUAUAGAGGCACCCUACUCUGGCCCCAGGUGUCCCCAGCCUGUGCCGGCCGAUUUCAGUCCCCUAUAGAUAUCCGCCCAGAGCUCACCUCAUUCUGCCGCGCCCUGCAACCCCUGGAACUACUGGGCUACGAGCUCCAACCUCUCCCGGAACUGAGCCUGCAGAAUAAUGGUCACACGGUACAGCUGACUCUGCCACCUGGGCUGAAGAUGGCUCUGGGACCUGGGCAGGAAUACCGGGCUCUGCAGUUGCACUUACACUGGGGAACUUCAGAUCACCCGGGCUCAGAGCACACUGUGAACGGCCACCGUUUCCCUGCUGAGAUUCACGUGGUUCACCUCAGUACGGCUUUCUCCGAGCUUCAUGAAGCCUUGGGUCGCCCUGGGGGCCUGGCAGUUUUGGCUGCCUUUCUGCAGGAGAGCCCAGAGGAGAAUGGUGCCUAUGAACAGCUGCUGUCGCAUCUGGGAGAAAUUGCAGAGGAAGGCACACAGAUCAAGAUCCCAGGUCUGGAUGUCUCUGCAUUGCUGCCCUCAGACCUCAGCCGCUACUACCGAUAUGAAGGGUCUCUAACCACACCUCCCUGCAGCCAGGGGGUCAUCUGGACUGUGUUCAACCAGACAGUGAAGCUGAGUGCGAAGCAGCUCCAUACUCUCUCUGUUUCCCUGUGGGGACCUCAUGAUUCUCGGCUACAACGGAAUUUCCGAGCCACACAACUUUUGAAUGGGCGAAUGAUUGAGGCUUCUUUCCCUGCCGAAGUGGACAGCAGCCCUGAGCCAGUCCACACGAAUUCCUGCCUUGCUGCUGGUGACAUUCUAGCCUUGGUGUUUGGCAUCCUCUUUGCUGUCACCAGCGUGGCCUUCCUCAUCCAGCUGAGGCAGAACAGGCACAGAAGUGAGACCAAAGAUGGAGCUAGCUACAGCCCAGCAGAAAUGGCAGAGACUGGAGCCUAAUAAGGAGAAACCAGCUAGAGGAUUCUGGAAACCUUGUCCUGUCCUGCCCAUUAUACAACUCCUUUAACCACUAAAGAACCUUUCUCAUCUUUUUAACUUUUCUUCUUUUCCAUAAAGUACUGUAAUGGGAUCUUAUAGUGAAAAGUCAAGCCUGGACUCAAUUCUUGCUUUGUUUCUUUGUUUUUUGAGAGAGGGUUUCUCUGU